UUAAAUGGUGGCUUUACGACGGACACUAUCAUCAUUCUUUGCCUUCACCAUUUGUGCCGGAGUAAAGAUGAGAUGUUAAAAGGUGGGACGAAAACGGGUUGUGCCCCUCAGAAAUCACACAGAUGACAGAAUGAAUGUGGAUUAUAGCAGCAUGAAGCAGCAGCGAGCAUCAUCGCCUGCGAGGUUCAAAGACUCGCCAUCCAAAACCAAAAGCACGUCUGCCAAAUCUCCUGCUGCUACAAAAACAGGCGGUAAAAGCAGCCGCAGCAAUUCUCCAAUAACUGUAAAUUCCGGUAAAGACAAGCAGGCUAAAGGCGCGGCGGCUGUCCACGCUAGUGGUGCUGAAAGCCCGACGCUGAAGAGGGCGGAAAAGAGCAGGAGCAUUGAGGAGCGCAGCAGCUCCUCCGAGGAGCCCUAUGGCGCAGACGAGUCAGGUGUGGUGGUUUCCGAUCAGCCGAGCUCUACUAAAUCCUCUCAAGCUAAAAGGGAGACGGGUAGUGCCGACGGAGGCAAGCAAAGCGCUAAGAGUGCAGUUGGAUGCGGCCCGGGAUUUUGGAGGGAGGGGUGCCUGCAGUCUGAACUAAUACAGUUUCACAUGAACAAAAGCUUGAAGAAAGAAAGCAGUAUGCAGGCGAAAGAAUCGAGUUUGCCGGUGGCGGAUCGGCAGGUGCAGGAGGACAUCGCUCGACAGACGGAGGCCAUAACUCAACAAAACCGCGAACUACAGGAAGAAAUCGAGAAAUUAGAGGAGGAUAAUGAAUACCUCAAGCAUGAAAUUGACGAAGUGCGCGCAGAGAUGGAUGAAAUGAGGGACACUUUCUAUGAGGAAGACGCAUGUCAGCUGCAGGACAUGCGACGUGAGCUUGAGAGAGCCAAUAAGAACUGCCGAAUUCUUCAGUAUCGACUGCGCAACGCAGAAAGGAAGAGACUGCGAUAUGCUGAAACAGGUGAAAUCGAUGGGGAUCUGCUGAGGAGCCUGGAGCAGGAUUUAAAGGUGGCCAAGGAUGUGUCAGUGAGACUGCACAAUGAACUGGAGAAUGUGGAAGAGAAACGAACAAAAACGGAUGAGGAGAAUGAAAGACUGAGGCAAAAGCUGAUUGAAGUGGAGGUGACAAAACAAGCAUUACAAAAUGAACUGGAGAAGACAAAAGAGCUUUCACUAAAACGAAGAGCAGGAAAAGAUGUACAGAAAUCAGAAAAGAGGACUCCACAAACCCCAACAGAGGAGGAAAAUGAAGAUCUAAAAUGCCAGUUGGCUUUCAUCAAGGAGGAGGCUACUUUAAUGCGGAAGAAAAUGGCUAAAAUAGAUAAAGAGAAGGACCGUCUGGAACAGGAGCUCUUGAAGUAUCGCUCCUUUUAUGGGGAUGUAGACAGUCCUCUCCCCAAAGGUGAGGCGGGAGGUCCCCCCACUACCCGAGAAUCUGAACUAAAGCUUCGUUUGCGGCUGGUGGAAGAAGAGGCCAACAUUUUAGGUCGUAAAAUCGUUGAGCUGGAAGUAGAGAACCGCGGGCUAAAGGCAGAGCUGGAUGACCUGCGUGGGGAGGAAUUGGCGGGUACUUCGGACCCAUCAUCCCGAGGGCAGAGUGAGGCCCUUUCUGAACUGCGCCAGCAGUUACAGUUGGUGGAGGACGAGGCUGAGCUUUUAAGACGGAAUUUGGCUGAUGUGGAAGAGCAGAAUGCCAAAUUGACUAGUGAGCUCAACAAGCUUAAAUACAAGGCGGGGUCACACGAGGGUUUGCGCUACAACAGCGGGGUGGUUGAUGGGGCAAAGGUCGAGGCUUUGCAGGAGGAGCUUAAGGCUGCCAGACUACAGAUCAAUGAGUUGAGUGGGAAGGUAAUGCAACUACAGUAUGAGAACCGCGUGUUGCUGUCCAACAUGCAACGCUAUGAUUUGGCCACUCACUUUGGCAUCCGCGGAAGCCCAAGGGACAGUGAUGCAGAGAGUGACUGUGGCCGCAGAGAAAGCGACGAUGAUUGCUCUCGUCUCCCGCCUCAUCGCAAACGUGAGGGUCCCAUCGGUGGAGAGAGUGACUCGGAGGAAGUGAGGAAUAUCCGGUGUCUCACGCCAACACACUCCCUCUACAGUCCAGAGGGACGUCUUUUAUCAAGAAGUUUCAAAGACCGUCAACACAUGAUUGACAUCCGCAUAGAGGCAGAGCGGCUAAGCAGGACCAUCGAUAGACUGAUCGCUGACACAAGCACCAUAAUUGCAGAGGCACGUGUUUAUGUUACUAAUGGUGAGCUGUUUGGAAGGAUGGAUGAUGACGAUGAGGGCGGUCGAAUACGAGAACAUGAGGUUCUCUACCGCAUAAACGCUCAGAUGAAAGCUUUUAGGAAGGAGCUGCAGAACUUCAUUGACCGUCUGGAGGUACCAAAACCAGAUGACAGAGAAACAGAAGAGCCACUGUCAGUUUUGCUAGGUUCAGGAAUCAAUCAAAAUUUCAGGCACAGACUACAGUCACUUCAGACAAAGCUUCCACUGAAAAACAGCAAUGAUGGGAGAGCCUCACUGUUUGCACUGUCAUUUUAUUUGGGUGGGGAAAACAGGAGGAUAUUGUUGGAUAUGAAGUCUGUUUUAGAGGAGGUUCAGUCUGAGGUGAAGCGGGAGGAAAGUAAACGGAGCGAUCUUGAGCUAUGCUACAUUAAGGAUCGUUGCGCUUGGCAGCUGGAGCGGGUAGAGCUGAUGAGUCGCAUUACUCAGCUGGAAGUAAGAGGAUGUAUCCUGCCAGUGGAGACCAUUAGGAGACCUGAACAAGGGGACACUCUAAAGCGGGAGAGAGAAGAACAGAAGAGGCUGCUGGCAGACACCCACAGUGCAGCCAUCGACCUCCGCUGCAGACUGGAGAACAGCGAGAAGGGUUGGGUGAAGGAGAAAUCUGAGCUGCUGGAACGCUUUGACUCUGAGAGGAAGGAAUGGGAGAACCAACUCAUGGACAUGCAGCAGAAGAUCGAGGAAUUGUACGAUGAAGUAAAGGCACAGUGUAAGGGAUGUCCUGUCAAACCAGUCACUGAUCAACAAAGCAGCACCCUGAGGAUCAGUUCAUGUUCUUUUUCCAGUGAUGCCCAGAGUAAUGAAUAUUCUGAAAUUCUAACCCAGCAUAGCAACACUAGCAUUGAGUCCCCAAAUCAACCUGAUUACGACUCCAAUGAAUCUUAUAAACCGUGCAACAGCGAUCAAAAUGAGCAAUUAAAUCAUCAAGGUGCUGAGAAAUAUGAGCUUGGUGAACGACAGGCAAUAGACACUGCGGAGCUGGAAGAAAUUUUGGAAAGCUGUUUAAAAUUGAAACGGGCGAACAAGUCCUCCUUCAUCGGACAAGAUGACCUUCUUAACCCUUUCCAAGGAUUUCAGAGCAUGGAAAUAAACUGUGGAAGUUACAAAAAGAAGAAUACUGCCCUUAAUACGGCCCUUAAGGAGAUUGCCCGUGUAAGUGAGGAGCUGUGUAGCUACCAGGAUGAGAUGAGGAAGUUGCCUGCUUUUAAGAGAAGCUGCAAUGAGUCAGUGUAUUUUCCAGGAAAGGAUGAGAUGGUGGAGAAAGUAAAGGACAGUCAGGAAAUGGCUGACACAGCAUUAGACCUAAAAAACUUGAGCGAAGAGCUUAAAUCCCUUGAUGAGCAAUACUGGAUGAACUGGGAAGGUUUUAAACAGCAAGGACAACCAACCCAAAAUGAUGCUAAGCCAUUUGCGAAUAAAGGUCAAUGUGCCCCACCUAUCCCAGCCCGUAGUUCAUCUUGGUACCUGAGCAGUCCCUCAUUAUUAGAGUCUAGUGGUACAGAGGCACUGUCAGACAGAGAAUUUCAAAGGCCCGGUUUCCAUCAAGACAAAAAGUUCAACAGCCCUGCAAUUGUACGAAAAUUCGAAGCAAUGCUUCAAGAGAAUGAGGGGAAAAUUCUGAUGGACUCUGAGAAUGUAACCUGCACCGUGCAUGUUGAUUCAAAGUGCAAUAUCAGUUGCUGUCAGAGCCGUUGGUCCUGUGAUGGUAAUGCAUUUGGAAGCAUCAAGUCAUCAAAAUAUGCACCCGUUAAGAAAUGUCUCUCCAACAUUGACAUAGCAACUACACCUAGAGAAUGCAACCCAGUAGAUGCAGUGGAAAAAAAAUAUUCCAAGGCUUCAUCUCAUCCUAUGAACUUGGAUCAAAUGUCUACAGACUCUGUAAUAUCACUGGAUAUUGUUUCACCGUAUUCAAAUUUUACAGCAAAUGGCAUGAACAAGAGGCUUGAGCAAAAAACAGCUGAGGUCAAUUGUACACUCUUUCAAACAGGUGUGGGUCAUCGGCGUGAUGAAGAAAAUUCUUUAAAUGUGUCUAUCGAUUGUAAACUUGCUUCUACUGCAGGUCUGACAUUCUUCAAAUCAAAAGACAAUUUUAGUGUUGAGGGCAAAAAGAAAGGUAAUAUGGCACAGUGCCAAGAAGACCCAUUCUUGGGGAUGAACGCCCACACACGACCACAGUUAAAAAAUGAAACAAAGGACUUUGUCUCUAUGUCUUCAUCUCUUCAACAGGAUGUUGAUAUAACAGAAUUACCUUUAGGUUCAUCAGAUCAAGCAAGCAAGGAUUUGUCCUCACUUCAAGCAGAUUUUAUUUACUCAUCCAAGCAUAGCAAGGAGGUUAAGCCUUCAUGGACUGAACACAGCACAGCAAUGCCAGUUGUCCCGUUUGGUCCAAGUGUUGGAGAAAAAUCCUUUGAAUUGAGUGUAACCCCAUUAAAGAUGCAGAUCCAAAAAGAACGUUUCAGAAGAAAUAUUGAGGUUGGUAUAGAGCAACCAUCAAAACAGCCCAAAAAGGCAAAGCAAGACACAAGGUCUCGGAUUUUAGAAGAUAAUCCAUGGAAGCCAUCUAUACUUGCAGCUUAUCCUCGGCCAGUGGAGUCUAGGUCUAACUAUGGAGCUGUUGAGAGGAUUCUUAAAAGUUAUGAAGAUCAGAAUAGAUCUCAGGACAAACAGCAGUCACAGCCUAGUCCAGGGAAGGAGAAUAACCUCAUGGACCUCUUGGAAAUGCUGGAUAUCCGACAUGAGCCCAGUUCGAUUCAGAGACUAACACGCACACCACACCAGGUCAUAGCUCACAAAGAGACACAUGUAAGAGUGCAGCAAGGCAAAGAGUCAUCUUUGACUUUCAAGAAGAGGUUUUCACUACCUGCAUGUCCUGCAAAGAGACGUUUGCCCUCACGUUGGGCUAGCCCUUCAUUCACCUCAUCUGCAUCUACUCCUUCACAUCCACCAACAAAACCACCCACAGUUUUCAGCCAGCAGCAAACACUCGCCUACUCCACCUAUCACACAGAGACAGUGAUCUAAAAUGUGCAAGCUAUUAGGAUAACAUGCUGACCGGUAGAUCUACAAAUGCCUUUUAAAGCACUGAAUGCUGCCUUGUUCUCCAAAAAGUGAUAACCUGUCUAAAUACCAACAAUUGUUCAACUUACCUACUUGUCUGUUUACAUUGCCGUAACCAUUCAAUGCAAUUGCCUUUAAAAUUAUUUGAGUUUACAUUGAAGUUCUGAGGAGAUGCUUUUAUUACCAAUGUGACUUACAAAUUCAUAAAUCAUAUCUAUAGUGUGUUCUUGUUUCUGUUUUCGUGAACCAGUUCUUUUUUAUAUGUUUCCAUUAGAUAUUUUAAAACUGCCAAUGUAUAACCGCCUCUAAUGUGGCCUCGUAUGUGUGAGGUCUAAUGUCAGUGAGAAUAUAAAAGCGCCGUAGUGCUGCCUAUUUCACAGCACACCUUGUUAUACAUUUACCAAGUUUAGCGAAAAUGAUUGUCUUAUUACAAAAAGUGAUGGGUUCCUAACUCUGUUAUCUGGUGUAAGACAUAUCAGAUAGACAAUGCAAUUCCUUAAAUAAUACAAGUUAAUGUACAUUUUUAAGAAUAAAUAAAACAUUGUCAUUCAUUACAAUACAGAAAUGU